UCAGGCCAUACUGCUCGGUGUUCCUGAGUAGUAAUUUGUUCAAAAUGAGCGAACCGUUCACGACAGACCCUUCACUAAGGGAAAAUUGUCCGAGCGUUAAGGAGCUCCUGUGUCAAAUUUUUGAUGAUCUUGGGAUAGAAAACCAAAAGAAGUUUAAAAGCAAAUUGAGCCAUUGGAAGAAAAAAUCGCACGUCGAAAUGUUUACAACCGACAAAGUUAUAGACUCUGCAGAUCUCGCCGAUUUAAUGGUGAAAACUUUCACAUUGGAGGACGCGGUUACUGUAACACUCGAAAUAUUAGAGGCUAUUGGCUGUCAUCAACUUGCAUUGGAGUUCAGAAAACGCACAAGAGACAGUAAAGUGAAAUACACGAUGUGUGCUCCAGAGAGAAUUUAUCUUUCACUUCAGGGGUCAGACAAAACGGUGAAACAGAGCCACAAACCUAUUAUUUACAGUUCAUUUUCAAAUUGGGAUCAGGAUUUGACUGAAUUGACAUUUCAAGGGCCGGACAGUAGGGUGGCAGCUCGGUCAUCUCUUCGGCCCGCUAUCUCACUGUUUGGGGAGGAUGAUUGGACUGAAAGAAACCCGAUAAUGCAACAAGGGCCGGACAGUAGGGUGGCAGCUCAGUCAUCUUUUCUUUGGCCCCCUUUCUCACUGUUUGGGGAGAAAGAUUGGACUCAAAGAAACCCGAUAAGCCAACAAGUCUGGCAUAAUAUGGUAUGUCAGUAUAAGAAGUCAGUCAUCUGGCCUGAGAAUAAGAGGAAUUUCCUCUCUGGUGAACAAGUCUCGCUGGCUGCCCGGUACACUGAACCUGUGAUCAUUCAGAAAAGCAAAAAGGGCAGUUUUCAAAAUAUUAGUGUGGAUAAGUUGUUGGUACACGUCGGUCUGUCUAAUCCAACUAUUAUUCUCCAAGGAAAUUCUGGUAGUGGAAAAUCUUUAAUAGCACAAAAGAUUAUGUUGGACUGGGCAUCUGAAAAAAAUUACCAAGAGUUUGAUCUAACUUUCUACCUGAGGUACGAAGAGGUGAAGUGCAUUUCUGGGGAGAGGAACUUGAUUGAGCUCCUGAGCUUGAAUUGUAGUUUAUCGUCAGAACAGAUCUUAAAGAUGAUUUCAAACCACACACAAAGAGUGCUCAUCAUCAUUGAUGGUUUUGAUGAUCUUGAUGAACUUAGAUUCACGCAUCAUGAAUUUUACAUAGCGUCUCCAUUCCAGAGAGCCCCACCUGAGGUCAUUAUUUGUUCCUUGCUUCGUGAACAAAUCCUGUUCAGUUCUUCCCUGCUCAUCACUACUAGAACUGAGAUCCCACGGGGCGUGUUUCUCAUGGGACAACAACGUUUCUUUAAGAUUGUUGGUUUCUGUGAAAAGGGGGUGGAGGAGUACUUCCAGAAGUUCUUUCAGGAUGAUGAACUCUUCAGAAAAGCUUUUACGUAUGUGAAGGCAAAUAAAUCCCUCUUCACCGCCUGCUCCAUCCCUGUUAACUGCUGGAUCAUCUGCACAGUUAUGCGGGAGAGGUUCAGUGACGGUGCGGAAGCAGCAAGUGGACUGGAAACCACCUCCAUCUAUGUUGACUUUGUGUGCACUCUACUGGAGCAUCACUGCCAGGUUUUGAGUCAGUCCGUCCCGACCCUGCUGAGGAGUCUGGGUCAGCUGGCGGAGAGAGGGAUGCUGGAACAGCAGGUCCUGUUUGAUGAGAAAACUGUCAAUGAAACAGUUUCAGUCCCUUAUCCAUUCUUGUCUAAGUUCCUCAUUAAGAGAAUGAUCGACCAGGAGACGAUGUUCAGUUUCAUGCAUCUCAGCUUUCAAGAGUUCUUCACUGCUCUGUACUGUGUCCUUCUGGAUGAAGAAGAGUCCCAGAGGAAAGUGAGAGAGCUGAUUCACACUGUAGAGAGAGGAUGGGCUCUGUCCUGUUGGUCUGAUAAAGACUUUUCAAAGGCAGAUGUAGAAGUUAGACGCGCAAAGUUUCUGCAGCCUGUGAUUCUGUUCCUCUGUGGUCUCUGUAACAAAGAGUGGAUCCACUCAUUUAAAAAGCACAACAUGGCUGUCUCUAUUAACAUAGAAACCCAGCUUAAGGAAUGGCUCAAUCAGUGCUCACAGAGAUAUCAAAAUGAACACAUGCUGUUCAUUCUCCAUUGUCUCUGUGAGCUUCACGAGAAGAGCUUCGUUGGAAAAGCUUUGGAACAUUUGGUCUCAAUAGAUCUGUCAAAUAUUCCACUGGAAACUGCAGAUUGCUGGAUGUUGCAGUUUUGUUUACAGAACUGUGUUAACAUUAACAAUCUGAGACUCAAUUUAACAUCUGACAAUUUGAAGAUUCUUCAGUCUGCACUGCACUGUGAAGAGUUAUGGUUGAAGGUGGAUUACAUUACAGAUGAAGCUAUGGAUUUGAUCUCAGCGCUUGGUGAAGGAAAGAUUGUGAAAGAACUGAUAAUACAGGGUCAAAAGGGAUCGAAAUCUUUUAAGAAAAGGAUUGAACACUUCUGCCGUGAGAUUAUUGCAUCAGUUGAAAAUGAAGAUGUCACGCUCUCUGUUUGCCGCUCAAAAACGAAAAGAUCAACAUUAAUCUCAGAAUUAACUCUCACCUGUUCACGCCCUGAGAUUUCCUCUGUCAAAUGGAGAAUCUUCCUACAGAAACUUCUCAGAUCACCAAGGUCUCAAGAUUCAUCAGUGGAUGAAUUCUUCCCUCUCAAUGUCCUGCGCUCUGUUCCUGGUUUAAAGAAAGUCCAUAUCCAGACAGACAGAUGGGUUGACAGAUGGAAUCCCACAAUCCUCUCCCUUGUCCAGGACUUUCCCAGUCUGAAUGAACUCAGGAUAAAUGCCGCAGUUUCAUUUCAUCCAUUAAAGAAUAUAGAAUCCCUGAGGGUAUCACUGACACAAACAGGUUGGACCCUGAAUGUCUGGAGGAAGUCAGUGCUGAUUGAGCGUGACCAAAGGAGUUUGACAGUUUCACAGUUGAAGACAAUAAAGACAGAAAAUAUUGAGAGCAAAAGAGCUGAAUCACCUUCAGGACAGUCAUCCUCAGGUGAUGCAGAAGUGUUCACACCUGAACAUGUUCAGCAAGAUGAUGAGGACAAACACAAGAACACAUACAGGUUUGUGUGUCCACAUGCUGGUCAGUUUCGUUGCAGUCUGACCAGCCUUGUGUUUGUGACGGAGGGUGAAGGAGAGGUGCUGUAUAAAACUGUCUCAUGGGAUCCUCGUGUGUUAGAUGGUUUGGGUCAGAUGCAGCCAGCCGGACCCUUGUACAACAUUGACUGUUCUCAUAGUUCAAUCUCAAGACUGCACCUUCCACACUGUGAAAUCUCGGAGGAAAACAAAGACGGUUUGGCUGUAGCACAUUUAACUGGCGGCAAUACAGAAAUAAUGCAGCCUCUCCAAGUAACUGAAACUCAUGUGAUGAUUAACAUCAGAGAUCUCUCCAUCUUCGGGGUCUUAAAAAGGUUUCUUUUUCCUCCUUCCCCUAUCGGCGCCCAAGUGCUUGUCUUUCUGCGACCAAUAACUGUGAAACAGAGAGAAAACAUACUGGAUGUCCAUUUGCUCCCAUUUAAUGUUCCGCUGUCAGAGGUCAAGGAACAGCAUGUGGAGAAUACCCACAUUAAAACCAGUUCAAAGUGUUCGCUUACUCCGGGAACAGAAUAUAGUCUGUGUUGUCAACCAGAGGGAUCUACAGUGCAGCCAGAGACUGAGAUGUUUGAGUGUAAUUUUGGUCCAAACUAUCAUCCCACAUUUGAAGCAUUUGUGAAUGUCAACAUUGACGAGGUCAAGCUGAGUAUUUUGGAUAAAACUGAAGGAAAGGAAGUGUGGGUUCCACGACGAAUCCUCCUCACAGGUAAAGAUGCAGACCCUCCUGCUCACAAAACGCUAACAGAAUCUGUAUUUGUGAAAAAACACAGGGAUAAACUCAUUGAGAGAGUUUUAUCAGCGAAGGCGAUUGCUGAUGGUCUGAGUGCCAAAGACAUGAUUCCAGGUGAAAUGUACAGUGACGUUAAUGCUGCAAAAACACGACAGGAGAAAACAAGACUCUUGUUGGAUGCUCUCAACUCAGGAGGAGCUUCUGUAAAAGCAGAAUUCUACAGACUGCUGAAGGAGAAGGAACCUUAUCUAGUAGAUGAACUGGAGACUGGACACAGUGGAGUGGAGUAAUGCUGAUAAACCAGGAACUUUGGUCAUUUUGAGACAUAAAUGCCAGCUCCAGCGUUAAUAAAAAUGUAUAUACACUCACCUAAAGGAUUAUUAGGAUCACCAAGAUACUAAUACUGUGUUUGACCCUCU